CAAGGAUCUGUGACCCCCUUUUUUGUUUGCCAUGGACGACGUCGAGUCUGGCGCAGAUGCCGUCCGGCUCUGGCUCACCUCGCUCAAGUUGGUCUCGUACCUGUCGGCCUUCUUGGACAACGGGUACGACGAUCUCGAUGUCUGUGGAACGCUCACGGCGGAAGAUCUCGACACGAUGAACAUUACGCUGCCGGGGCAUCGCAAGCGCUUGCUGGCGGACGCCCCCAAGCUCUUGCAGCCCGACGCGUUGCAAAAGCUCAUUGCCAACGCACAGUCCACCUCUCGCGGCUCUAUUGCCAGCCUUGAUCUGUUGCCGGGAGACGCCAACUCUGCUGCUGCACCGACUGCUGCACCGACUGCUGCCGCUGCUGCUGCUGCUGUUCCUUUUGCCGCUCCCGCUGCCAGCAUCGCAGACAACAGUCGAGAUAGCACCUUUAUGAUUAUUCAGCAGGCAAUGCUCGACUUGGACCAACUCAUGCCGAAACGCGACUCGGUCGCCGAAAACACAUCCGCUGCCUCCGAGCCUGACGCUCCGGCGCGUCCGCCCAAGCCUGCUGAGCCAAAGUCGCCUGCCGCAGUGGCCGAGCCCGUCGCCCCUCCCCGUCCGCCCAAAGCGACCGCGACUGCUGCCACCUCCUCGCCUCCUCCACCGGCUGAUGCCGAGCCGCAAGCGCCAGUCCGCCCGCCAAAGCCAAUUGCUGCUGCUGCAAAUGCUGCUGACGAUGCUCCUUCGCAACUCGCCCGACCGCCAAAGCCUGCUCAAGCAGCAGCCGCAGCCGAGCCGGCAGCAGAAGCCGAGGGCGUUGUCGUGGCACUCAAACCAAAGCCUCUGGCCGCCAAGCCCAGCAUUGUCCCCAAGCCCACCAAACCCGCAAUGUCGCCGGCCAACGCAGCAGCGGCGGCAUUUGCCGUGGCUACUGGAGCGCCACGACCAGCGCUUUCACCGGCAGAGGCCGCAGCUGCAGCCUCCGCUGCGGCGGCUGCUGCGGCGGCGGCGUCUUCUUCAUCGGCUGCGUCUGACGCUGAAGUUGUGCCUGCUGGAGCCCCGCCGCCUAUCAAGCGUCCGCCUCAACCGGCGUCACCCGGCCCGGAAACGGCGAGCGCUGCCCCUGUGCCCACGCCUCUUCCAAAACGACCAGCCCCGCCAGCUACUGCUGCAGCAACUCCUGCGACUCCUGCGACUCCUGCGACUCCUGCGACUCCUGCAGCUCCCGCAACUCCUGCUGAAACCGCCUCUGGACCUGGUGCCAUCAAGCCCAAACCUAAAUUUGGCGUUUCCGUCAUGCCUGUGCCAGCCAAGCGUGUGUCGCCGCCAGAGGCCGUGCCCGUUGCGGCUGAACGACCUGCAGCAGCCGCACAGAACGCACCCAGCUACAGCGACAGCGAUAGCGAAGACGAAGCCCCUCAGGUCGCGGCAAAGCCCACGUUGCCAAAGAUCCAGCCGCUCGUCCCGAGGCCCGCUGUCGCGCCAGCGAUGCAGGCACAGCAAGCACAGCAGCCAGCACCGUCCGAUGCGGAAGCCGACCCGGUUGCACCUCCGCGAGCCACCAAAUUCAAGCCUCCAGUUGGCUCCGUCGCCAUUUUCCCUGGAGCCAGACCUGUAACCACGGUUGCCGGUCCCGAGCUCGCGCCCAAGCCAGCGCGCCCGAGUCCCGACGGCAAUGCACUGCCACCCAGGCCCGCAAAACCCGAAAAGCCCGAGAAACCGGAACGUCCCGACAAGCCAGAUAAGCCCGAGAAGCCCGAGAAGCCCUCGUUGCCCACAGCAGCAGCUGCUGAGCAGAGCGAUCCCACCUCGCCAACGGCAACGGGUGUACGUCCACCUCGGCCCGCCCCACCACGCCCCACCACCAUUGCGGUGUCCCAAUCGCCCGCCGCUGCCGCUGCCGGCGCGACCAGUCCGACCUCCCCCAUUCGGCCGGUCAGGCCCCCGAUCAAGCGCGCCCCGGUGCCUUCGUACACGGCCAACAUUGAGGGCUAUCUCUCCAAGCAGGGCGGCGUCAACAACAACAAGGGCUGGAAGCGCCGCUACUGUGUGCUCGAGAACGGCAACUUGCUCUACUACAAGUCCGACGUGGACCGAGAGCCUGUCGGCGUGGUCUCGAGCCGUUACAUGAUGGAGGUUCGCACGUCCAAGGUGGUCGACUCCAAGUUUAAACAUUGCUUUGAGAUUGUGACCAAGCAGCGCACCUUCUUGUUUGCCGCCGACAAUCCCGAUGAUGUGGAUGCGUGGCUCAAGGCGCUGCAAACCACCAUCACCGAAGCCGAGCAAAGCAACAAGGACGUUUCCGAGACGGUUGGUGGGAACAUGGCCAACCCUGAUAAGGAAGGCUGGCUCAAGAAGCAAGGCAAUAGCAUGGCGAAAGACUGGAAGAAGCGGUACAUUGCCAUCAAGGAAGGCCAGCUCUGCUACUACAACAACUACGAGGACUACGAGCUUGCAGUCCCACUCGGUAGCAUCAACACGAUGACUGUAACUGCAAAGAUUGACGACCAGAAGCGCAACCGCUUCCAGUUGGUCACGCUGAAUCGCACGUACUUUUUCCAGGCCGAAAGCUACGACGACAUGACCGAGUGGAUUACCGCCAUUCAAAACUCCAUUCUCUUCUCGCUCAACUCAAACCAAAGCGACAAGACUCGUCGCACCAGCUCGAUGAAAGAAGGUCAAAAGUCCGUCACCGGUCAAGCUGCACUGGAUGCAGUUUGGCUCAACGAGAGCAACAAGCAUUGUGCUGAUUGCGGGACUGCGAAUCCCGACUGGGCCAGCAUCAAUCUGGGAAUCGUUGUCUGCAUCGAGUGCUCUGGAAUUCACCGCAGCUUGGGAGUUCACAUCUCCAAGGUUCGUUCAGUCACGUUGGACGACUGGUCGUCGGAAAUGAUUGCCGUCAUGCAGGAGUCUGGUAAUGCAACAGCCAACGCCAUCUGGGAGGUCGACCUGCCCCCGACAGUGCGAAAGCCGACUCCCGACACGCCUCGAGCGCCGCGUGAAGAGUUCAUUCGAGCCAAGUACGAGCGCAAGCAAUUUAUUCGACAGGAGCGCGAGACGGACUCGAACACGCUUGGCCAGCAGCUCUACAUUGCGGCGUCUACGGAUGAUCUUGCUCGCACGUUGGAAUUUAUUGCGCUGGGCGCCAAAGUCAACUACGUGCAUGCCGGACAGUCCUGCAAAACACCGUUGCACGCUGCCGCUGCCGCGGGCUACGCCUGUGUCGUUGAGAUUCUGCUGCAGAACAAUGCCAACCCCACGCUCACCGACUCGGACGGCUACCCGCCCAUGCACUACGCCGAAAUGGAGGGUCGGAAGGAGAUUGUCAAGCGUCUCAACAAGGCGCUCGUCAAAUCCAAGCCAAUGCUGAAUUCGCCAGUUGCUGCUGCAGGUGCGGCAAGCGGAGGAGCCGCUGCGCCUGCCGUGCGCAAGCUUGGCUUUUUGUACAAGCAAGGCGGCAGCAACAAGGGAUGGCGCAAGCGCUGGAUUGUGAUGGAGCACGGGACCAUUCGUUAUUUCAAGACCGAGUCUGACCGAGAGCCCGCUGGCAUUGUGUAUCUGCAAGAUGUGAUGGGCGUCGCCCCUGCAGACGAAGAGUCUGUCAAGGACCACAAGUACCGCUUCUGCUUUGAGCUCAGCACCGCCAGUGACCGCGACUUUAUGUUCUGCGCCGACUCGGAGCACGAGAUGGACGAGUGGAUGGCUGCCAUCCGCGUGAUCAUCCAGGCCAACCCGACCGCGCAGGGCUUCAAGCGACGCAUCGACCAAAUCUUUGACAACCCAGCACGCCAGGGCUGGCUCUGCAAGCGCGGUGGCACGUACACGUCGUGGAAGAAGCGCUGGCUCGUCCUGAAGGGACGCGAAAUCUACUAUUUCAAGUCGCAGCAGGACCGUGAGCUCCUCGGUCUGAUCGACAUGAAGAAGGUGACAAACAUUGCCGUCGGUGAAGGCGCAAACAAGCAGAGCGAAGCACACACCUUCCACCUGACGACCGGCACACGAACCUUCUACCUCAAAGCCGAGAACGACAGCGAUCGCGAUGCCUGGAUUUCUGACAUUCGAAACACGCAAGUGUUUGGUGUGCCGCUUUCGCUGCUCAUGCGCAAGGACACGACCAAGCUCCCGGGCUUCCUUGAUCGCGCCAUCAAGUACGUCGACCAGCACGGCUUGGACGUUGAAGGAAUUUACCGCAUCAGCGGAAACAACGCGGCCAUCCAACAAAUGCGCAUUGCCGUCAACCAGGAAGAGUCGCUGGUUGAUUUUGACGAGCAGCACGCCGAGGUGCACGACGUUGCGGGAUUGCUCAAGCUCUUCUUCCGCUCCAUGCCGGAUCCGCUCUUGACGACGGCAUUGUACCGCCAGCUCAUGGAUGCGUGUCGUGUCAACGACCACGAGGAACGGCUGCGCCAGCUUCAAGGCAUUGUUGAGGCGCUGCCCCACGAGAACUACAACGUGUUGAAGCGAUUGAUGACGCACCUCUCCAAGGUUGCCAACCUGGGGCAUGUCAACAAGAUGACCUUCCAAAAUCUCGCCAUCGUGUUUGGUCCGACGCUGCUCACUGUCUCGUCUCAAAGCGACGGGUUCUUGACCGACAUGUCGGAGCAGUACCGUGCCAUCGAACUGUUCAUCACGUACCACGACUGGAUUUUCGAGGCUGAGCUGGGCGGGCCCACCGGCUAUGUUGAUCCGUGGGAGACCGAGACCAACUCGCCGCCGAUCGUCCCCACUUCUCCGACGCUCCCCGGCCACUCAGCGGCGGCCCCCUCUCUUGAAAAGAGCCAUCCAGGCAAAGGGCACAGCGAGGGCCUCCGUGGAAGCUUGGCGUCGAUCGUCACCUCGCCCUUCGCGAGCACGCGUCCUCCCCCUGCCCAGCCUGCAUCUCGCGAUUCAACGCCAUUCCCCGUCGCUGAAAGUGCCGGUGGGGAUCCAGAUAAGAUGGCAAAGAUGCAAGAAGCUCUGAAAAAGAUGGAAGCAGCCGCCCGGAAGACCAACACCCCUCAAAUGGAGGGUAACGGAGGCUCUUUCCCUAUGGAGAUUUACAUCGAGUCGCUUGACAAGCCCGUGACCAUUCCUGUCACACCGACCAUGACUGCUGCCGAGCUCCAGUUGGCCGUUGUGCAGGCUGCUGCCAUUCCUCAGAGUGCCGACAUCAUGUUGUUUGAAAGCCUGCGUGAUGGCGAAAUGGAACGCCCGCUUGCGGACGCCGAAAAUGUGCUCAAAGCCACAUCUCGAUGGGAGCUCAAUCAAGUUAACAAGUUUGUGCUGAAACGGUCUCCCAUCCGCACACUCCUGACCAAACAGCGCGCGACGCCGGGCUUCAAGAUGAAGGGCUGGCUGCACAAGGAAGGUGGCUCGGUGAAGACCUGGAAACGACGUUGGUUUUCUACAACACCGUCCUCCGUUGCGUACUACAAGGAGCAAAAGAUGGGAGGCGAGCUUGGUCAGUUCGCGCUCAGGGGUCUUCUUGUCUACUAUCUUAGAGAACACAAGCGGUCGCCUACCAGAUUCUCGUUCUGCGUCCGAGUUUUGGAAGACGGCGAAGAUGCCGUCCGGUAUCUUGCUGCCGAGUCCUCAGACGAGCUUGAUCAAUGGGUUGCCGCCAUUACCUUGUUGUCGAAUUAAGCACUUGCUGUAUCUUUUGUGAAUCUCUCUUCUCUCUCUCUCUCUCUCUCUUCUUUGUCUCUCUGUUUCUCUUUUGUUUGGUUGUUUUUGUUGUUUUUUUCUCACACUUUUGUUUAUUGUCCAUUGUCGUUCUUAUUGCUCCGAGCCAGAGCGUGUUCCCACUUUUUUUUUUGUUUGUUUGUUUUUGGCUUCCUUCCGAAUUUUCAAUACACAAACCCCUUCAUUG